GCAGAUCAAUUUGCAAUUCAAGAACCCUUCCCUACAAACAUUUAUCCUAUCGAGGGUAAUUCAGCUCAAGUUACUUGUGUAGCUUUUGACCCAUCAGGAUUGAAAACUCCCGAAAGAAUACAGUUUAUGAGAAAAGAUAAUUUAGAGCGCUACACAAAUAUAACAGCUACCGACAACUUUUAUUUUGAAGAGAACGUGACUCUGCGGGCAGAUCAAGGUGAGUAAUUUUACUAAUAAAAGUAUACAUUCCUACAAUACGCGAUCCGCAUCAAACAUACAUCAUGGUUGAAUUUGGAAAAACUAACUAUAGCAAAUAUUCUAUAGGUUUUAAGGGAACAAAGAAAUAGAACAACCUUCCCUCAAAUAUAAGAAACAUAAUUUCGAACAACAUGCUUAAGAAUAAAGUUAAAGAGUAUGUGAUUAAGACAUAGAUUUUAUAUCAGUUCGUAAAACAGGAAGUCCGCCUUUUGAUUAAUUUUCAACAGAGCUUGCUUGAUCUCCUGCAUGUAAUGGUUACGUGUGAGAGUGUAGGGUAAAUAGAGGCACUUCUUCUUAAAAAACAAAAACAAAGCAAAAAAACGAUAAAAGGCCAAAAUGAAUUUUUUUUUUUGACUUUUUAAGAGAUUAAUUGCUUAUAACUUCAGUGCAAAAGUUCGCCCUAAGAGAACUUUCUUUCAGAUUUUUCGUUUAGUCAUAAACAAAACUUAAUUACGAAAUUUGGUGAGAGCGAGAUGUGACAUGAAACUUUCGGUGAAACGAUAUUUCACAGGCCUGAAGAGAGCCUUAUCGUUGACUUUCAAACUCUUAUAUGAAAAGAAUUAAACAAGCUGAUUAGAAUUUUUUAAAAAAAUUCCUUUUUAUUUAAAUCACAGACAAAACCGUGAACUGCUUCAGUUUCAGCUUACCCUAAAAUUAACCCUUCCGUUUCUAGGUGGCAAGAGGUUACCGAAGCUAUUUGUAACCAUGGUUAUUCGGUAUGUAACACUGAAUGAUGACAGUACGUAUGGUGCACUGGGAAGGUACGAGUGUCAUGCUUUUGCAGUUGGUGACCCUUUGGGGAGAAAACAUGGAUUUAGUGUCAAUGUCAUCAGAAGUAAGUCAUUUACGUGGCUGAGCAGUCGUUCGGUGUUGGCAGCUUAACCUUUGAACGUUUGCCACCCACGAUAGAAUUUGUUCCAUAAUUUUCUAGAAACGAUAUUAAGUUAGUGCAGUAGCUGUUCAUCAGCACAGUUAAAUAAAUAAACUACGAAAGAUACUUCUUUUUAAGAGUUGGAGCCUUCCGGCCUCUGUAUAACCCACUGCAAGACGGACUAGCAGAUUUAUACCCAUGAUAAGGUGGAUUUUUACUGUCUCGCAAGUUUUACGCGCGUAUGCACGUAAUUUUUACGCUUGUAACAGAAGAAAUGUAUGACCAAUUAAAAGCUGUAUCUGAAGUUAAGGAUCUCGGAAUCUAUAUUACUUCCAACCUGUCAUGGAGUAUGCAAGCUAACAAAUGCGCAAAUAAGGCAAAUAGUGUGCUUGGAUUCAUUAGGCGAACGGUGGGUCCUAAAAAUCCUCAGUUGUUUUCAAAACUUUAUAAGAGUCUAGUACGUCCGAUACUCGAGUACUGCUCUCCAGUUUGGUGGCCGCACCUUAAAAAAGACUUAAACACCUUGGAGAAAGUACAACGUAGAGCAUCUAAAUGCGCCCUUGGAAAUAUUGGGCAAGACAUGCCGUACGAAGAACGCCUAAAGCUCUUUAAAUGGCCAUUACUUGAACAAAGAAGAAUAUUUUCGUCGCUUAUCGAGUGUUAUAAGACAAUAAAUAGACUUAAUGGACUUGAUCCCUCGGCAUUUUACACAUUUGCACAUGAUUUUCGGCCCUUAAGAGCCAACCAUCGUUUUAAACUUAAGCUUACAUCAGCAACUUUAAAUAGUUUUACACAUUCUUUUUUUAUACGCAUAAUAGAUAAGUGGAACAAUCUCCCAAAGGAAGUUGCUGAGGCGGAGAAUUUGAAUAUUUUCAAGAACAGACUGAGACGUUAUCUUAAAGAUUUUCCUAGUGAACAAUAAGUUCUUUUACUAUGUGAUGUUUUAUAUACAUAUUUAGUUACUAUUUUAAACAGUUGUAAAUAAUUUAUUUCUUUAAGUAUUUUAUUAUCAGGGGAUAAACUAGAAAGGGAUAGCCUCUUUUAUCUCCUUUUCACUUUCCGAUCUGGAUUUGUGAAUAAACAGUUAUUAUUAUUAUUAUUAUUGUUAUUAUUAUUAUUAAGUGCCUUGCGUAAACGUGAAAGAUGAGAGAGGUUCAACUUUUACGUUUAUUGGCGACCUUUCAUAUUUUGCCUCAGUUUUACUUACACACGUAAAUUUUACACGCGUGGGCACUUAAUCAUUACGCGACGGUGGGAAAUCUACCCUCGUACAGUUUUGGUAAGUAGUGGCUGUAUUCCUCUGUUGGAGGAGGGUGGGUGAAGCUUCCAUGUUACAAGUUUUUUAAAUAUUUUUCUAUCACUAAAUAUCAGAUACCCCAUGUUAACUUGAAAAAUGCCACAUAAAAUUCAUAAAUUAUUUGUUACCAAAACGUGUACCUAGAAUGAUCUAUCUCGCUCAUCCCUCUCCCUCUGCGUUUUUUUAAAGUAGCUUACUGACGUGUACCAUUUGAAAACAUACUUUUUGUGCUUGUUAAUUUUCUCAAUUUCUAUUGGUUUAAUUCAUUUGUCAAUUUUGCCAUGGUUUCGGAUUAAGAGAUUUUUGUUGAAUUUUUAUCUUUAUUAGUGUCUUUUUUAACGUCUCUUCUAUUUAGAAGACGAGAUCCCUUGCGUGUCUGUACCAAACUUCGGAGUGCUGCAACUUGGUGAAAGCAUUACAAUCUUUUGCAAUAUGACUGAAGGCAAGCAAGCCACACGUAGUAGACUGAUUAGGAUUUCAUGGUAUAAGGAUGGAGUGUUACAGCAAACUCUGCGAAAUCCUGACCCGACUAAGCCGCGGGAUACCCUUGGGGCUCUGAUACUUGCUAAUGAUAGAAGUAGAGAUGGUGGAAACUACACCUGUCUUCUGGAAGUAGAGCUACGAAAUAUCAAACUACACAUUGUGUCUGAUAGUACCAUCAUUAAAAGUAAGUUUUCAUGGUAUACUUGAAUAGAAAAUUUCUAAUUUCCUGACCGUUGUCACUAGCUGGUUUGUCACACACGGAGUUAUUUCCUUCAUUCUCUUUUAGUGUGCAAAAAUGUGCUAGAACGUCUGUAUUAUUUUAUUCAAUAUACUGCAGGCUUAAUGUGUCGUAAGUUUACAACGCUUAUUUUUUCUUAACGGACACCACUAUAAGACGGACACCUCUUUUAAAACGGACACCUAGAGUUGGUCCGUACCUCUCUUUAUUCUCUUUAUUUCACUGUAUAUAAGACAGACGUCACUCUUAAAUGGACAUUUAGUACCGAUCCCAAAGAUGCUCUUCUUAGAGAGAGUUGACUGUAUUUUUAUAUCAAGGCAUGUGUUCAAAACAAGGCCUAACUCUGCGCGAGCUCUCCUUGCAUUUCCGGCCACGUACUUUCCGAUAACGAACAGAUUUAAAAUACAACCAGACAACUGUGUUGGGUAAAUCUGGCCACGGUUAUAUUGGCAGGCUUAAUGAAAUCAAAAGCUCACAGAAUCACAACACAUCGAUAUAUGUAAACCAAUUAACCUACUGAAUAAAAAAUGAGGCGACAAAAAUCCGCCACAAACUACACAGCUAAAUAAGAAAAUAAAAAAAAAUAAGAAAUAGGAAAUACCGCCACAAUAAUAACCUGCAGGCAAGUGAAAGGGGAGGAGGAGGGAAAGAUUUUGCUCGAGAUCUGACCGAGUUGAUGACGAGGGAGAGAAGGAAGAAUUACUGGGUAAAUACCUCAGUAUACUUACUUAACCCUGACACCGCCCUUUAACCUCGUUGGCAAGAUUUGCAGUACCUGGUACUGCCUGACCUAGCGAGUUAUCAUGUAAGUACCAUGCCUUGACAUAAAUUACAUUAUGUCUGCCAUGAUGUCUGGUUUUAGUUCAAGCAGAUAUCCAGUUGUUGCAAAGCAAUGAACUUAUCUAACUAACUGUAUGCAAAGGUGUAAUGUAAACAAUCAUCCAUCUAGCGCGGCCCUCUAAAUUGUGGCGUACCUCAAGGGUCAAUUAUCGGUCCUCUUCUUUUCUUGAUGCAUAUAAAUGAUCUACCAAAUCGUUUGAAUGUGGGCUCUCCUCAAGGCUCUCCUAGAAUGUAUGCCGACGACACUUAUGUUACCUUUUCUGCAGCUACUAUUCCCGAUCUUGAGUUCCAAAUCAAUAGUGACCUGAAAUACGUUGAUCGUUGGUUCAAAGCUAAAAAGUUAAGAUUCAAUGUCGCCAAAACAGAGUUUAUGGUUAUUAGCUCGAGGGAGAAACUACAGUCCUUUUAAAUGACUACACAAUGAAAAUUCAUAUGGACGGCGUCCUAGUAAACCAAAGCAAUCAAAGCAAAUCUUUCGGGCUUAUCAUUGAUGAAAAUCUCUCGUGGAAGGCCCACAUUCAUGAAAUCUCUAAAAAAGUAUCCUCUGGUAUCGGUGCUCUUAAGCUGGUCAGGCCAUUUGUUUCAAUGCACACUGCAAUCAACAUAUACAAAGGUCUUAUCGAGCCACACUUCAAUUAUUGCAGUUCUGUAUGGGAAGGCUUGACCCAACAGCUUAGUGAGAAACUUCAUAAAACUUCAAAAUCGUGCUAUCAGAGUUAUUACCAAAUCUAGCUAUGAUACUAGUUCCAGAUUUCUUCUUAACUCGCUUGGUUGGGACAAUUUAUCAGUUAGAAGAGCUAAAAAAAAAGGCCAAUUUAAUGUACAAGUUCAUUAAUAAUCUCGCCCCAGCUUAUCUCUGUAACUCCUUUGCCCCAAGAACACCGAAUUACUAUUUUCGCAACGCGAAGAAAAAAUUAAUGCUCCCAAAACCAUUAAAUGAUUACCUGAAGCGUAGCUUUAUUUACAGUGGCGCUUUUCUAUGGAACAAUCUUCCUGAGGAAAUACGUACAUCAAAUUCCUUAGGUCUCUUUAAAAGAAGUUCCCAUAGAUGGUUUUCUGAUCAGUACUUCCACACGGCAAAUAUGUACAACAGUUUUUGAGAAUUUUUAAUUAAUUCUCUAUGUUAGACUGAGUUUUUAACCUUGUAUAAAUAAAGUUAUCAUUCAUUCAUCAUUCAUUCAUUCAACGCCCAAAUGAGUGAUUAUUUCUUAGAAUUUGUUCCGUUUAUUAUUUUUUUUUUUCGAAAUACGGUGAUCGAACACGCCCUAAGUUGAGCGGAUUUUGAAGUACUCAAAAAUGGUAACUACUAUAUUUAUAACAUCUGUGUAGACAUGCGUUAUUCUUGCUUGCUAACAGUUACUCCGGGGUUUCACAAGCCAAUAAAAGUUGUUAACGUGACGGUUAAGAAAGGAGAUAACGCUUCACUCGAGUGUGCGGCCCAAGGGUUUCCUCUUCAUGUUGAAUGGAAGGUUCAGAAGGACGGUGAGGACUUCGUACAACCUUUCAUAACCAGUAAGAUAAAAAGAUCUUUUCUUACCAUCUAUAUUUAAUUAUUUUAGUAGCAAGUGAAUACCCUGGGUGAGUUUAAAUACAAUAAUAAAGCACUUCAACAAUCAUUUCCACCCCUCCCAUCCCCGUCUCCCAUUACUAUUCCAGUCCGUUGUAAGGUGGUGACUAAAAUAUUUAUGCCUUGAUUUGAUAAUAACGUGUCAAAAUCUAUUCGAUAUGCAUGACUGUAAUCUUUUUACCUGCGUGGACAACUUCAGUUUCUAAGAUAUUAAUGUGCAUUCCAAAUAGAAUCAUUAAUUCUUACUCAUUCAUUUUAUUUUACGUAAGAUGGCUCUGAUGGAAAAUACCAUGUUCAUCGCAGCGGCGUGCUGAAUAUAACGGACGUGCGGAACUCUGAUCUUGGGUCAUAUUUUUGUUGCCUUUCUUCUAACUGCUCAGAUAAUGUUCAAGACAACUGUCAGCGAUUUGUUCUUCGAGGUAAUGGCCAUCAGCUUUUAUGA